UUGAGCUGUUGUGUGUUUGUGUCUCUGUAUUCAUGCAGUAAAAUGGCAGAAGCCAGAUUUUCUCAGGAUGAGUUCUUGUGUCCAGUGUGUCUGGAUCUCCUGAAGGAUCCAGUGGCUAUUCCCUGUGGACACAGUUACUGUAAGAGCUGUAUUACAGACUGCUGGGAUCAGGAGGAUCAGAAGAGAGUCUACAGCUGCCCUCAGUGCAGACAGACCUUCAGUCCAAGACCUGCUUUAGCUAGAAACACCAUGCUGGCUGAAGUGGUGGAGAAACUGAAGAAGACCAAACUUCCUGCUGACUGUUACGCUGGAGCUGGAGAUGUGCAGUGUGACGUCUGUACUGGAAGAAAAUACAAAGCCGUCAAGUCCUGUCUGGUGUGUCUGGAGUCUUACUGUCAAACUCAUUUUGAGCGGCAUGAGGAGUUUCAUUCACGUAAGCCACACAAAGUGACUGAAGCCACUGGACGACUGCAGGAGAUGAUCUGCCAGAAACAUGAGAAGCUCCUUGAGGUUUUCUGUCGCACUGAUCAGAAAUGUAUAUGUGUGCUGUGUACGGUUAUUGAACAUAAAAACCAUGACAUUGUAUCAGCUGCAGAACAGAGCACAGAGAAACAGAAUCAGCUGAAGGAGACGCAGAAGACGUUCCAGCAGAGAAUCCAGCAGAGAGAGAAAGAUCUUCAGCAGCUGAGAGAGGCUGUGGAGUCUCAUAAGCGCUCUGCACAGACAGCAGUGGAGGACAGUGAGAGGAUCUUUACUGAGCUCAUCCGCUCCAUUGAGAGAAGCCGCUCUGAGCUGAUACGGCUGAUCAGAGAUCAGGAGAAGACUGCAGUGAGUCGAGCUGAAGGACGACUGGAGCGACUGGAGCAGGAGAUCAAUGAUCUGAGGAGGAGAGACGCUGAGCUGGAGCAGCUUUCACACACACAGGAUCACAUCCAGUUCCUGCAGAGUUUCCAGUCUCUCUCAGCACCUCCUGAAUCUACAGACGUAAAUGACGAUUCCUUUAGUUUUCUCUUUUUUGAUGGCCUGAGAGAAUCUGUUCAUGAGCUGAGAGAUAAACUGGAGGAUUUCUGCAAAAAGGAGCUCAAGAAGAUCUCAGAUAGAGUUGCUACUACAGGUCCCUCUGUGUACUACAACCAGUCUUCAGCAGAUUAUUCACAUCCUCUACAUACUGCUACAAAAAUUACACCAACAAAGGGCCCUGUAAAGGGGAUGAAUCGUCUUCCUCCACAGCAGCAUAUGUAUGCCUACCAACAAUCAACACACACCCCACCUCGCCAGUCACCAGCAGUCCCAUUUGGCACUGGAUUUGGUGCUCAGUUUACCAAGAAUGAGGGUCCGUGGGACUGUGACUCCUGCCUAGUGAGGAAUGAAGCCUCAGCAACUGAAUGUGUUGUUUGCAAAGCCCCCUGCAGCAUUGAAAAAAGUAAUGCAGCAUCACAAGGUGGGUUAGCUGCCAUGUUUGGUAAAAAAGAUGGACAGUGGGAUUGUGACACUUGCCUGAUAAGAAACAAAGGUUCAUCAAACCAUUGUGUUUCAUGUCAGACAGCAAACCCAAAUUUUAAAAACAAGACCUUUGCUGCACCGUCAAGUUCCUCUUUUACCUUUAGUUUAGGAAGUUCUAGCAGACAACCUGCUGCGACAGGAUUUAAAGCCAAUUUCAGUCCAGGCCCUGCUUUUCAGUUCGACACAUGUAAGGAUAAAGCAUCCUCAGAAGGCUUAAAGUUUGAGUCCUCUACAACGAAGGCUGAAAAGUCAUCAAGCAGGUUGUCAUUUUCCAUGUCAGCAGCGCCUGUUGGUGGAUUUAAGUUUGGCAUUGCAGAAGCUGUGGCAAAACCAUCAGACAGACAGUCACAAAAUGGAUCUGCAUCUGACCUCAAAAAUAUUGCAGAGCUUCACAAAGAGAAAGAAAAAGAGGCAGCCCCAAGUUCCUCAGAUCAGUCUGUAGACGCUGAUAGUCAAGAUAAUAAUCCCCUCAUUACUGGUAAACCUAACACCUGUAGUUAUGCUGACUUGACGAAGUCACAAGGUAGUUUUCAGUUUGGCCAGAAUGAUCCCGCUUUCAAAGGCUUUGCAGAGGCUGGCAAGCAGCGCUUUACAGAGUUUCAUUCCAGCUCCAAGGCCGACACCUCAGUCGAUCAAGAUGAUGAAAUGUACAAAACCGAGGAGAAUGAUGAUAUUCAGUUUGAGCCCAUUGUUCCUAAAAUGGUUAGGACAUCUGGAGCAAAGCUUGGUGCUCAAAGCACCAAGACUAUGGUCCCUCCUCCUAAGUUAGUCUUUAGGUCAGACUCUGUGCAGAAGAUCUUUGGAAGCCCUUCACCAUCAAAAGAAAAAUCUCCUGUUAUAAUUCCCAGUUCAAAAGAUGAUGAAGCGGGUGCCUCAAGACUGAAAACCUCUGGACAGGCAGUGACCAGCCAGUCAUCAGUUGGGACUCCUCUCAGCAUAACAACAAGAACUGAUAUCAUUUAA